CCUGGCAAUCGUUUGUUAACACAACUUCAAAUUCAGUUUGAACUUCAUACUCACAAGUUUAGCAUUGUAAGGCAACAUGUCUAAAUUACAAGUUUUACUAACUCUUACUUUACUAGUUGCCACAGCUAAAAGUCAGGCUGAUCACUGCCACUUCUGUAGCUCUGAAAGAGAUGGACUGCCAUGUGAAGAACCAAUAGACUCUAGCAGGAUCCAAGUCCAAAGGUGUUCUGAUCUAGAGGUAGCAUCAAAUUUAGAAUCACUUCCCGCUUUUGAUAAUUCGACCAGUAAUACUCAAGAAGCUCAAGUGUGUAUUUCAAUAUCAUACACUUACUUUGACAGAACCGUAUUCAUCAGAGGCUGUGAUGCAGCAGAAGCGACAUACCUCUCAAUGCACUUUGAUGAUAUUUGCAAUUAUUACUAUACAAUCUAUCCGAGUUAUUUGACAAAUUUUACAUGCACAUCUUGCGAAGGAGAUUUAUGUAACGCUGUAAGGCCCGUUCAAAUAACAGAAGAGGGUGAUGAUGAAAAACCAAGCAGUGCAGACAUUAUGUCGAUUUCUGCACGAUUUAUUAUCAUUAUGGCGUUGGCACUUAUUAUGCUUUGA